GGUUUUCUAGUACGGCUGGCGACGCCCGAACCGAAGGCUCCUUCAUUUUAACCAUUUUCAGAUAACUUCUUAUGAAACCACGUAGGCGGUUUCAUCGAGUUAAAUGUGCUGUGAACGAAGCUGACGAAAUCCACAAUGACCGCAAAACCAUUUCUACGUCUCGAUUGCCGCUUAAACUCACUGUAAAAUUUCUUCUUCAAAUGUCGACACAGUUUCCACAAAGUUAUUUUAAAGCGCUGCCAGUUUUCCCACUAUUUAGCAUGUCAUUCCUACUCGUGCCCCUAGCACUUAUGUUCCAGGAAGGCAUCCACGGCAAAGCCAUCAACUCUUUGAUGGGCCCUUACAUCGUGUACGUCGAACGCCUUUACAUGUGUGAGCCAAACCUCCCCUCGCCAUGGUAUGUGCGUGCUUCUCACUUCAACCCACAUAAGCCAAAAGACUUGCAACUGCUGACAGGCAAUGCGACGUUUUCGUCUACGUAUGAUGACAGCACUUGGGUGAAAGUAAUUAUUGAUGUCCGGUCAAAUAACCAAUGGAAGGAAAACGCCUUUGUCUUUAACUUUAAAAAGAAUGGAUGUCGAGCUUUCAGAGACAAUAUUCCUCAAAUCUACAAGGACGUUUUCAAGCAGGGAGAAGUCAAAGGUCCAAAUUGCACGUUGAAAGCUGGAGUCAUUAAGUUUAAUAACACCCCGGCAAACUGGACUUUCCCAAAUUUUCCAAUCAUGCCUUAUGGACACUAUAGGUACAGAGUUCGGUUUGGCCAACUUGAAAAACUUUACGCAUGCUGGGCGGUGGAUGGCUGGAUUAUUCCGAAAUCCUAGUAGCACUACAAUCAAUUUUCAUUUCUUUC